AUGGUCAAAACACAUUCAGAGUCCUCUGAGGACUUUGAAUUUAUUGAAACUCCCACUGCCACUCCCCCGCAGAUCCCCAUUGCCGAUUAUGGUGUGCGCACCACUUCUUUCCCUGCCAUCAAAAAUGCACCUCUCCCAGCAGAUGCAUCCGGUAGUGACUCCUUCAACAAUUACCUUCUCUUUGCCCUUCUCAUCAUCGUGCCAUGGUGGGUGGCCCGUCAAUUCCACGGUGGUUUUUACACCACCAUCUUCUUCGCCCUCUUGACCUCAAUCCCCAUCUUGAUGAUCUUCUGGACCCUGGCAUCAUCCAUCUCUCCUAGAAAGAACGAGAAGGCUCGCUACCCCGGCCUCCCCAUCGAGCACUACCUAUCCUUCCGUUCUCAAGAGGACCGUGAUAAAUACUAUGGCAAGAACCGUAUCCCUAUGGAGACAUUCUCAGAAAUGUACUUUGACGAGAAGGUCGACAUCAAGGGCGACACACUCGAGAUUCUCGAAUACAGACACGAUUGGGCCAAUUUCCGAUUCACCAUGGGUCUUUUCAAGCAUUUUUUCACAGGCUUCAUUCCCGAAAUGUUGCUGCACACUCGCUCUCAAGACGAGGAGCAAGUGCGAGACCACUACGACCGUGGCGACGACUUCUACAGCUGGUUUCUUGGCCCUCGCAUGAUCUACACCUCCGGUAUCAUUUCCGACAUCAACAAGGAGGAGAGCCUGGAGCAACUUCAGGACAACAAACUGGCCAUUGUCUGCGAGAAAAUCGACGUCCAGCCUGGUGACAAGAUGCUCGAUAUUGGCUGUGGUUGGGGCACACUCGCCAAAUAUGCCAGCGUCAACUAUGGCGCCAACGUGACGGGCGUCACUCUCGGCCGCAACCAGACCGCCUGGGGCAACAACGGGCUCCGCAAAGCCGGCAUCACCGACCAACAAAGCAACAUCCUCUGCAUGGACUACCGCGAUAUCCCCGUCCCCGAAGGCGGCUUCAAACGUAUCACCUGCCUCGAGAUGGCGGAGCACGUCGGUGUGCGCCACCUCGCCUCCUUCUUCCGCCAAGUCAACGAUAUGCUCGACGACGACGGCACCUUCUUCCUACAAAUCGCCGGGCUCCGCAAGUUCUGGCAGUACGAGGAUCUCGAAUGGGGCCUGUUCAUGAACAAGUACAUCUUCCCUGGCGCCGACGCAUCCACCCCACUAGGCUUCGUCGUCGACACGCUCGAGGGCGCCGGCUUCGAGGUCAAGAGCAUCGACACCAUCGGCGUCCACUACUCGGCGACCCUGUGGCGGUGGUAUCGCAACUGGAUCGCCAACCAGGACAAGGUCAAGGCCAAGUACGGCGUCCGCUGGUACCGCAUCUGGGAGUAUUUCCUCGCGUACUCGACCAUCAUUUCUCGCCAGGGCAGUGCCACUUGCUUUCAAAUCACGUUGGUCAAGAAUAUCAACAGCACGCAUCGUGUCGAGGGUAUUGACACCCAGUUUGGCCUCAGUGGGGCUCUGAAGGCUGGGUUGGCGAAGCUGGUUGCGCCCAAGGCGAAUGGAAACUCGGCCAAGAAGGCUGUGAAUGGUGGGUUGUGA